GGUAUCCUGAGCUGUGUGUCUUGUUGCUCUCCUCCUGACGUUUGCACGAAAGCGAAAAUGCCUGAUCCUGCGAAAUCAGCCCCUGCGCCUAAGAAGGGCUCCAAAAAGGCCGUGACCAAAACCCAGAAGAAAGGAGACAAAAAGCGUCGCAAGACCAGGAAAGAGAGCUACGCCAUUUAUGUGUACAAGGUGCUGAAGCAGGUGCACCCAGACACGGGGAUCUCCUCCAAGGCCAUGGGCAUCAUGAACUCGUUUGUCAACGACAUCUUCGAGCGCAUCGCAGGAGAAGCGUCGCGCCUGGCGCACUACAACAAACGCUCCACCAUCACCUCCAGGGAGAUCCAGACCGCUGUCCGCCUUCUGCUGCCUGGCGAGCUGGCCAAGCACGCCGUGUCCGAGGGCACCAAGGCCGUCACCAAGUACACCAGCUCCAAAUAGAGGCGGACAGAGGCUCGACACAGGGGAACAACAGUCACCAAAUCACCACCAAGCCGAUUCUUAAACCCCCUCCACUGUGUCGGCUGUUUGUGUUUUUGCACCAUUGCCGGUUUUCGAGGAGAAUGAAUGCCAAUUUAACCCAGGACUUAUGUUGAAUGUCUCGAGAUUCAUUGGAACUGUAGCCUGCCAUUUUGUUUUAACUCAGUGUUUCGUUAUUUCUCAGCUGUGUGACGUUUUUAAAAAAAAAUAAUUUAAUAAAUUCAGAACGAAUGUAAGUCGGUGUUCUUAAACUGUGGACGUGUGCUUUGCUUUGCACCAUUUUUAAUACAGAUUUGUAUACAUGCACCUUAAAAAUAUCAACAAAAGAACCUAUUGUAUGUAAUGGCACAGUCGAAGCCAACAUUGUGAGAUUAAAGCUGUGACUUACUAUCAGUGAGUAGUUUGUUUUUA